AUGAACCCCAUGGGCGGCCCAGUUGGCAGCGCACCGAUGCCCAUGAUGAAUAAUGGCGCUAUGAACCCCCAGAUCGCCGCGGCAGCUGCGGCAAGACAGCAGCAGGCCAACGAGAACCAGCGUGGCGUCCUCAACACAUAUAUCUACGAGUACUUCCUCCGGCAUCAGAUGUACGAGUGUGCCCGCUCGCUUCUCAACAGCGACCAACAAGUCAACGUCAACAAGGAGGCUGCCGGCCGUCGCGAAAAUGGCAACGGCAUGAACGGCGUUGAUGACCCUAUGGACACGGAUUCAAAGGACGACGGCGACUCUAAACUCCCCGACGACUUGCCUCCGCCAAAGCUGCCCAUGCCAGCCUCCGACACAUCCUUUCUCUACGAGUGGUUUUGCGUCUUCUGGGACAUAUACACUGCCCGCGGUGGCAAGGGCGGAAGUGGCAUCGUGCAGCAAUACGUCCAGCACACACAGCAGCAACAGCGAAAGCAGACUCAGCAACAAGAGCUGCUGCGUCAAAUGCGCCCUGACCUGGCUCAGCAGCAAUACCAGGCGCAAUUCAUGCGAAACAUGCAGAACAACCCCAUGGCAAUGACCAUGAACAAAAACAACCUCGCUCGGGCCGCCAUGGCCAACAACCAAAACCCUCAAAUGCAGAUGCUUCAAGCAAAGCAGAACCAGAUGCAACGAGAUCCUUCCGGCAUGGACGGCAACCGUGACCGGCCAACCUCUCCCGCCUCAGGGGAGAACGCACCGUCUCCUUCGAAACGCCCCCGCAUCGAGGGCGGUCCUUUCAACGGCAACCAGCCCGGCACCAUGUUGCCAAACGGCGCUCGCGCUGGCCAGAUGCCCGGUGGUCCGCAGAUGGGCAAUGUAGCCAACGCUCAGCAAGUUCUCGCCGCCAACGGCAUCAACCCUGCCCAGCUCAACCCCCAGCAGAUGCAGAACUUCGCCAACACGCCGCCAGCCGCUCAGCACAAGUCGAUUGCUACUUACUCUCACAAUCUUCAGCAGCACCACGGCAACCAGAUCGGCAACAAGCAGAUCCCCGGCGUAGGCGGCCCCCAGAAUCAGAGCUCGCCAAUGAUGCCCCAGGGCCCUGACGGCAACUCCCUGGGCGCCUUCUACAACCCCGAGAUGAACGGCCCCGGCGGCAUGCGACAAGGGCCCGGCGGCCCUCAGGCCGCUGCUGCUGGUAGCAAUCACGCGCUGCAGGACUAUCAAAUGCAGCUCAUGCUGCUCGAGCAGCAGAACAAGAAGCGUCUGAUGAUGGCCCGCCAGGAGCAGAGCGACAUGAUGCCUCGAGACGGCCAGCAACCCGGGCCCGGCCCCAACGGACAGUUCCCCGACACGUCGCCCCAGGCAAUGCGGUCCGGCGCUUCCCCCAACCCCGCGGAGCAGAUGAAGCGUGGCACGCCCCAGAUGAACAACUCGGGCAUUCCCUCGCCGGUCCCUGACGGUGGCCAGUCACGCGAGUCCCCCAACGCCAUGAACUUCCUGGGCAACCACGUCGACGUCAACAUGGCGCCUCACUUCUACAAGGGAGUGGACGGCAACAUGGCGCAGGCCCAGAUGAACGGCAUGCGCCCGCCUAGCUCGCACCCGGGCCAGCCUUUCAAUGGCCCCAUGAACGCGCAGAUGAUGGCUGCCCGGCAACAGCAGGGCCAGCAGGGCAACCCGCAACAACAGUGGCAGCCGGGCAUGAACGGCCAGAUGAUGCCGCAGGGCAUGCAGCAAGGCCAGCAGGGCCAGCAGGUCCAGGGAACUCCGCAGCAGCGAUCCAUGCCUCCCCCGUCGGCGCCAGCAGCCGCAGCGGCCAACGCGAACAACCGGACGACCGCGUCGCCCCAGCAGGCCGCGGCAGCACCUCCCACGCCUAGUCAGAGCAACAAGGCGGCGCCCAAGAAGAAGGACACCAAGAAUGCCAAGGACAAGCGAACCGCUGCGCAGAAGAAGUCCAACCAGAACCUCAACAACGCCGCCGCCGCCUCAGCGGAGAACGGCGGCGAGGCCGACGCGGCAGCACCCGCGACUCCCAUCACGCCCGUCGUCAGCGCGGCCUUUAAGAACGGCCAGCCCGGAGGCCCCGUGCCCAACGCAACUGCUGCGGCGGCGACAACAGGCAUCCCCGCCCCGACAGCCGCGGCCAGCGCGCCGGUGCCCCCUCAAGCCGCUCCCGUGCCUCAGCCUACGCACGACCUUGCUCAGAAUAACGGCCUGAGCAUGGACAACUUUUCGAUGCCGGACUUUGGCAUGGAGCUGGCCAACCCGCUGCACUCUGACAACGUGCUGAAUGACUUUGACUUUGACUCGUUCUUGAACGACGGCGACGGGAACAACGAGCCGUUUGACUUUAACGGCUCAUACCCAGGGAUGGAGGGCGGCGAGAUCAGCGCGGAAUAG